AUGCGCGCCGUGCUCGUCGCCGUCCUGUUGCGCUGCGCCGCGGCGCGCAUCCGCCGCGUCGAGGUGCGCGCCCUGGGCACGACGCCGCGGCUCGGCGGUCCGCUGGCGACGCCGGCGGCGCAGAAGGUGCUCGGCGCCGGGCCGAAGCGGGCGACGAACGACAAGACGCGCAAGGCGCUCGCCGAGGACGCGGCCAAGUGGUUCGGCAGCCGCGGCUACGUCGUCGACAACGUCGGCGUGUCCGUCGAGGGCGGGCCCGACGGCGAGACCGUCGUGCUCUCCGCGGCCGUGCUGCCCUGCGGCCCCGUGCGGCUGCGCACGAACUCGAGCAAGGGCGUGCGGACGCGCGCGGCGACGGUGGCAAAGCGCAUGGGGCUCAACCGGCGCAAGCCCUUCCGCUGGGACGCCGCGAAGCUCGCGAAACUGACGGAAGAAGAGACGGGCCUCUUCGUCCGCUCCGGCACGCGCGCCAAGGCGUCGGUGGAAAACGGCUGCGUCGCCGUCGACAUGGUCGUCGAGGAGCCGCGGUACGUGUCCCUCACGCCCGAGGUCGAGAUCAACGCGGACUCCGCGCGCCUGUUCCUGCGGGUCGUCGACCGGAACGUGCUCGGCAUGGGCGCGGAGGCGCAAGUCGAGGCGGCCUACAGCAAGCAGGGCGCGCCGGAGUUCACGACGCAGGUCACGCAGCGGUCCGACGGCGGCCGGUCCUGGAUGGCGCGCCUGAAGCCCCUCGGGAGCCGCGCGCUGACGACGAAGUACGGCUUCGGCGACGGCCUCUCGGCCCAGUUCGACGUCGAGGAGAUUCCCCCCCUCGACGACGACGACUCGGCCUACGGCGAGCAGGACGAGGGCCCCGCCGACGCCUACGUCGCCUUCCCGCGCGUCGCCGCGGCGACGCUCCGCAAGGACGGGCGGCGCGCGGCGUACGCCUUCGCGUGCGGCGACCGCGUCGGCAGCCGCUUCGCGGGGCCCUUCGCGCGCGCGGGCGCCGCGUGCGGCGGGUCCCUGGCCCUCGGGUCGCGCCUGGCGCUCGCCGGCGAGCCCUACGCCUGCGUCGGGUUCGGCAAGGCGCUCGCGGACGCGUCGCGGCCCGAAGCCGUGACGGCGCCGCGGCCCUACGACCGCAUGCCCUGGGACCGCCGCAAGGACGCGCUCGGCGACGCCUUCGAGGGCGCUCUGGUCGGCGCGCUGCUCGAGGCGUCGGCGCCCGUGGCGCCGGACGUGACGGCCUUCGUCUUCGCGGACGGCGCGGUCGCCGCGGACUGGGCCGACGGCCUGCCCGUGGCCGACGCGGCCUACGGCCUCGCCUUCCAGGCGUCCAUGCUCCGCGUGGACCUGACGAAGCGCGUCGGCGACCCCUUCAACCGCAAGCCCGCCCUCACGCUCAAGCUCGCCGACGCGCGGAACCGCCUCAAGGCGCCCUAG